UGAAAAUGUACUGGAACGAAAUAAAUCCGAAAAUACAAAAUGUCCUUUUUAAGUUUGACGAUUCGGACGUGAAAAAAGAUAGGACUCGCGCAGUGGUCAGACUGAAAACGACGUCAACAAAGUUUGUCAAUUUGUUUUUUUCAUCGUCUAACAUUCAUGGAUUCAAUCACCUGACCACUGAAAAACGACAUUUCAUCGAAAGAUUUUUGUGGGUGAUAGCGAUAUGUUUUUGUAUAUACGGCUCAGUGGUCCUGGGUACGUCGACUUGGACUCGUUAUCAAGAGAACCCCACGGUCAUAUCCAUGGAAAGGGAUUAUAAAGAGUGGUCUACAGCUUUGCCGGCCGUCACCCUAUGUCCAAUCAACAACAUGGACGAACAAAAAUUCGAAGAAAUGGUCGAGAAAGAAUUUCCAGGUUAUUCGGAAGACGAAAAACAGGAAAUGAAAGCGUUCCUGGAAAUGUUGGCAAACGCCACUUACGGAACGUUUGACAAUGUUCCGUUUUACACCAAAAUAACGCCUGACCACUACUUGACUAUUGUGGAGAAACUACAAAUCCACGUGCUGUACACAAUAACCAACAGUAACAUGGAAGGGUACGCGCUAUUCAACCUGGUGCCCACCAUUUCCGAACUGGGCUUUUGCCACACCUACAACGGCGAAAUCUCACAAUACAAUGACUUCAAUUACUGGAUGCAGAACAACAGGAGUAUAUUACCACCGGCGGGUUCUUUGUCCGGGACACCGUUAGAUGGAGACGUUUUCACGCAAAUAACUUCCAUGAACUUUGGUUACAUGGGAUUCUUACAUUCGCCGCACGAAGCACCCGACAUAGCCAACCGGAUAUAUUCGUCGCCGGAAAGCUUCUACAAGACACUGGACGUGACAGCUUUGAGCAUAUACAGCACACCUGAAAUCCAAUCCCUCUCACCCAAACAAAGAGGGUGUCGUUACAAGCACGAGAGCAACUUGGAGUUAAGUCCUAUUUACACUUACAACAUUUGCCGCAACGAAUGUCGAAUGAAACAGGCCAUAAAACUCUGCGGAUGCGUUCCCUAUUUUUACAGGCCUACAAAUCAUAAAAUCUGUGACGUAAAAGGAAUGCACUGUUUGGAUCAAUACGAAGAUUACUUAGUGAAACUCAGAAACACGACUGGCGAUAAUUCCAAAGUUAAUUGCGGUUGUUUGCCGCCCUGUGAUGAUGUCAGCUACAUUGUAGAAGGAGAAAAUACAAUACAAUGGUUUCUUGGAACAAACCUAAAAUGGGGAUUAAUAAAAUUCCCCAAAAUGCGUUUAAAAAGAAAUUUGCUGUUUGGUCUUACCGACGUCCUAGUGUCUAUCGGAGGAACUGCUGGUCUAUUUUUUGGAUGUUCAGUGUUAAGUUUUUUAGAAAUAAUCUACUUUUUAACACUACGGUUAUUUUGUAUUAUUUUUACAAAGAAAAAUUAGUUUAAAUAGCAUUGCACAUUAUUAUUUAUUAGUUUUACUUAAUUUGCGUAAUUUAAUA